AUGGACAUCAAAGUGUUUGACCUUAUGGCACCUGCAGCACCAAGCAAGAAGGAGAUCGAGCUGAGAUUACUGGAGGAAAAUGAUGCUCUCGCAACAUGGAUAUCAAUGGGAUUGGCGAUCAAAGAAGCUCAGAUUGCAUUGCUCAUUGAGGUCCGGAGACUCGGACAAAGACCUACCGAGACACAGAGAUUAGACAUCACCCAUCAACACAAUCGGGUGCAGGGACAGAUCGAUGGAUUCACUCGGUCCACUCUCCUGCAUUUCGGAGAUGGAUUCAAUAGUGAUGAAGAUCCGGAGGACUUGAGUUGUUCAAUUCUCAAUGAUCUUGACGAUGGCCUGGAUGAGUUCACCAAGACUCUCGAUACCUACCCAAACACACCCGAGCUCACUGUCAUCCCAUUGCCAUCCAAUGUUGGGCUGGACCGACUCCAACACUGCUUAGCAGAGGAUCUGAUUCUGCUGGAGAUGUCGCUUCGUGAAGGACAGGCCAAUGAUGCCCUUCACAAUCUCCGAAUACACUUGCAGGCGAAGUCGCAAGCUUUGAAGACUCGGGCAUGGUCCCAGCUCAAGAUCAGCACUGCAGUCGGUGAUCUAAAUGCCCGAGGUCAGCGGAACGGGUCCCUUGCCUGGUUCUGGUCUCUCGACAUCGAUUUAUCGGGGCUGAGUGAGUCAUGGAAUGACGAAUUUUACCGAGUUCAUUGGCUUCAGGCGAAGGCUCUGAGGGAUCAAUGGAUUGAAGAACUUACGGUGGUGGAACUGGAGAUGGACUGGACAUGCAACUUCUUCUUGUGCAAAGCAGCCCAAUGGGAUGCACAUAUGAGGGAGUCAUCGGACAGCCGGCUUCGGGGUCAUGCCUGCUAUGCGGCAAGACAAUCCCGAAUGUACUCAUUGCUUGCACAGGAUGCGCAGGCUGCUUUUCAGGAUCUUACGAUGAUGCCAAUAUAUCCUGAAGAUGAGUGA